AACCGUGUCCCUCUUACUCGACCCUAUCCUUCUCACUCCCUCGCUCUAUCCAAGAUACAAUAAUUGUUAUUUCAUAUCGAAAUUGGCUCGCUAAAUAUUAUACGUGAUAUACUAUACAUGUAUAUUUUUGUAUAUCAAAAAUAUUAUUGAAGUUAUAACUAUUAAUAAGUGUACAUUACAAAUAAAUUUAAAUCGAAGUCACCGAUUCUCUCGCGUUCGACCCGCUAUAUUUGAUUACUGAACGCAGUAGGGCACUCCGCAUGUAGUUUUCGACCGGACGCUCGUCGUAUGAUUAAUCGCAUUGACCGGACGACGCUAGAACGUUUUACCCGACCGAAAGUGCUCGGCGUCAAUGUUAUUUUUAUUGUCGCCGUCGUCACCGCUGUCACGAUUACUGCUUAGGCUAGUUCGUCGCACAGCAGACCAGCCGUCGUCGCACCGGCGCGUCAGCUUCUGCCUCUCAAACGGCACGUAAACAUCGCACGCCGGUUGUGCAUGUAUAGUCGACAGACUUAGAAUAUCAACAACAUCCCGAUGACUAUUGCGACUCGUGGACAAACCGUCGGAUUAGAUUCGGCCGAUAAUCAAACAAAUGUUCAAAAUGUAUCUCAACAAAAUACACAAAUCCACAGUGUUUUGUCCAACAUUAACAUUUUACAGCCACAAGCUGUCGAAUCACAUCAUAUGCCUGAACAGACGGACAAUGAAACAACAGAUGAAAGUAUCAAAUCUGAUAUGGAAAACAUAGAAGAUAAUACACCUAAAGAAGAAGAUGAAGAAGAAGAAGAAUUAGUGUUCCCCAUUAUUAAACUAGUUAAUCUGGAAGAAAAAAUUCAUAGCCAACGAUGGAUUGUACCAGUAUUACCUGAUCAAGAACUAGUUUCACUAUUAAAUAUUUCUAUAGCAUUGUGCAAAAAAGGAUUGGAUGUUAAUAAUGAAGGAUGCCAGAAAUUUUUCCGUGACGCUAUGAUUUUGUCCUUUACACGAAUAUUAACAGAUGAUGCUGUAAACAGCUGGAAAGUUAACAUUCAACAAUAUAUUAUGAAUAAUUGUAUGAAACUAGUAGAACUGUUGGUGCUCAAACUUGACGAUGACAACUUUCCAUUUAUAGAAAUGCUUGGGAUGUUGUUUAAUCCUUUAAAUAAAUUUCAUUUGUUCAAUUGUGCGAAACAAUCUGAUUAUAUGUCAUCAGAAAUGUUUGAUUUAUUUGCAAGAACACCGCCAGAUUCAAGGGCUCCUAGGGGAUGGCUUGUUGAUCUGUUAAAUAAAUUUGGACUCCUAGGUGGUUUUCAAAAAUUAUCUGAUAGAUUUCAAUCAAAUAAAGUUCUUACUGUUCCAAUCAUUUCUGGACUAAUCAGGCCUUUUGGUAGCUGUUCUGAACUUUUGACUGAAUCUACAAUUCAAAAAUAUUUGAUGCCAAUUGUGGAAAAAAUACCUAGUAUUUUAGAUGUAUUAACUGAUGAUGAAUUAAAAAAAGAAACAAAAAAUGAAGGGAAAAAUGAUGCUAUAUCUUCAAUAAUUAAAGCUUGCAAACAACUUGCUAUGAAAGUACCAAAACAGGAAGAAUUAAUUAAACAAUUAGAAAUUUUUAGACUUAAGAUGUUACUUAGAUUAUUACAAAUAUCAUCUUUCAAUGGAAAAAUGAAUGCUUUAAAUGAAGUUAAUAAAGUGAUUUCCAAUGUUACAUAUACUCCUCAUAGGCAUAUUGAUCACGAUGAAGAGUAUUUAACUCCAGAAAGAAUGGCUAAAUGGAUUAAAGAAAAUAAUGUAUUAGAAAUAGUUCUUCGGGAUUCCCUCCAUCAACCUCAAUAUGUAGAGAAACUAGAAAAAAUAAUUCGUUUUGUGAUUAAAGAACAGGCCUUGUCAUUGAGUGAUUUAGAUGCAUUAUGGGCUGCUCAAGCUGGUAAACAUGAUGCAAUUGUGAAAAAUGUUCACGACUUAUUAGCAAAGCUUGCCUGGGAUUUCUCCCCAGAACAAUUAGACCACCUAUUUGAAUGUUUUCAUGCCAAUUGGACUAAUGCUAAUAAGAAACAAAGAGAAAAAUUGUUAGAACUAAUAAGACGAUUAGCUGAAGAUGAUAAAGAUGGUGUUAUGGCUCAUAAAGUGUUAAUGUUAUUUUGGAAUUUGGCUCAUGGAGAAGAUGUCUCUACUGAGAUAAUAGAUCAAGCAUUAUCUGCUCAUGUUAAAAUUUUGGAUUAUAGCUGUGCACAAGACCGUGAUGCUCAAAAAACAGCUUGGCUUGAUAAAUGUGUUGAUGAACUUCAAAAUAAUAGUUCGUGGGUACUUCCAGUCUUAAAACAUAUGAGAGAUAUAUGUAUGUUAUAUGAUCCUACUCCGGUUGGUGCUCAUCCAUCUCAUACUCACACUGUGUAUCGACAAGAAAUUGUUACACGUCUACAAAAUCAACAUACUUUAGUAUCUUUAGUCACUGAUAAUUUAUCAAAGUAUAUGGAUGAAGUAAGAAAAUUUGUACAAGUAAAUCCAAAUACAGAUCCUGCUAAAUAUUAUCCUGAUGGCCGUUAUUGUCAUUUACAACAAGUUCAAGAAAGAUUAUACUUCUUGAAAUUUUGUUUGAAGGACGGCAAUCUUUGGCUGUGUGCUGAUCAAGCACAUCAAAUUUGGGUAUCACUGGCUGAAAAAGCAGCAUUCUUGGCUGAUCGUGAGGCUGGUUUUCGAUGGUUUUCAAAAUUAAUGGGUGAAGAACAAGAUAUUGACCCUGCAAUUAAUACUAAAUUUUUUAUUAACAACCUGCUGCAGCUUGAUCCAACUUUACUUACUGAAAAUGGAAUAAAAUGUUUUGAGCGGUUUUUCAAAGCAGUCAAUGUUAAGGAAGGAAAAUUAAUUAAAAAAAGACGUUGUUAUCAAAUGGAAAAUAUAGAUUUAAUUGGUGUAGAUUAUUUAUGGAAAGUUGUAACUAAUUGCAGUGAAGAUAUAGCAGCACAUGCAAUAGAUUUACUUAAAGAAGUUAACACAAAUCUUGCUCCUAGGCUGCAAGCUAAUCCUCUUGAAUUUCACCAAACAUUUGUUGCUGAAUGUUUAGAAAGAUUACGUGCCCAUUUUGAUACUGUUAGCAUUCUUUCUAAAGUAUCAAUGACUAAAGAUGAUGUCAUUGAAAGAAAUAUUGAAGUUACUAAAAUGAUCAGGGUUAUGAAAGUGUUGUAUGAAUAUUUAGGAGAAUGUGACGCAUCAUUUAAUGGGGAUCGUUCUUUAUUACCUUUGCAUAGAGCUUGUAGGGGAAAACAUAUUACUGUGAUUGUCCGUCUAACUAAUGCCAAUCGUUCUUUAGUAGAUGAUCAUGAGCUUGUUAUGCAUAGUAAUGAUAAUAUAUCAUGUGUACGGCGACAAUUGUUAAAAAGAUUACGAAAUAGUGGAACAAUUACAGCCAUUACUGGAACGCUAAAUAUCAAAUUAGAUAUUUUCCCUGGUAGUAGUAUUGACCUUAUAAGUACAUUGGAUGACAACAAACUUCUUGGUGAACUCCCUUUCAGAGAUAAAUUGUAUCUUAAUGCUCGACUAAUGACUGCUAAUACAAAUUUAGCCAGUUCACCAGAUAGUAGUUCAGAUAGCUCUAUCACCAAUAACCAACCUUUCUAUGAUUAUAGUUUAAAUAUGGACGCAGAAAACUGUUUACCUACUGUGAUAAUUUCUGAAAAUCCAAAAUAUGUUAAUUUUUUUCUACAAGUAUCAGAUAAGGGUAUUGAAAUUGAAAACCAACAACUUCGAGAAGCAGCCAGAUGUAUUUUAAAAUUAAUCCCCCCUGCUGAAUCUACUGUGAAAAAAAUCAAGAAAUUUUUUACUUUCCAGUCAGAAUCUGAAGGGAAUGGUACCAAUGUACCAGUUGAUAGCAUAUAUUUUACUAAUUCCCCAUCUCAAAAUUUAUACAAUUUAGAGGUUUUAUAUUCAAUGUUAUUACCUGCUAUUGAUCCCAUGGCUGACAAAACUUUAGAAUUUCAAACUAAUUUUAUAACUAGUAAUCAUGCUCCUGAAAUUAUUCAAAUGCUUGUGUCAAAUAAAUUCAUUUUAGCAAAUGAUCAAAAUACUAAAAGGUCCAUAUAUUUAGUAGUGCUUAAAAUCUGUAGACUUGUUUUAUGUGUAAUGGGACAAAUUAUAACGCAGUUAUGUCAAUCCCCUGAAUUAAUUAUGGGUACAUCAACUGAUAAUGAACGCUGUUUGUAUAAAGGAAUAGAAGUUCUUGAUCAAGGCGAUGAUACUUUGACUUUAAUGAAAGAAGCAUUUGGCGUAGUGCCUAAUCCCAACUUAGAGUAUAUGUUGCGGAAUGUUACUUCUAAACUAGCACGAAGGUACAUUGAUAAAAUUGCCAUUGGUUGUGAAACCCUGGAAUCAUUGCAAGUGACUAUUAAUAAGUCCUUAUCAAAAUUUAUGCCAACUUUGGAUAUGAUUUGGACUACCAUACAAUUAGCUUGGGCAAUGGCUGGAGCAAAUCAACAUAAAUUUGAUGGUCAAUUAAACAAUACAGAUUUACAUAAUAAUUUAAAUGGGAAAGCAUUGGAAAUGGAAGAUAUGUGUGUUUGUAAAGAAGCAUUGGAAGUAUUAACUCUUUGUCUAUUUUUGAAGCCUAAUUAUCUAAGUCAAUUAAUGGAGAAAAAAGAUUGGCAAACAUUCUUUAUUGAUUUAAUUUUAUUAGCCAAUAAUAGGCAAGUUCGUUGUUCUGCUGCUGAACAGUUUAUAUUAAUAAUUAAGUUUAGUUGGAGUGCUGAACCAUUAUUAUCUACUCUUUCUUUAAUGUUUUCUGUACUUGAUGAAACUGUAUUAAAAUUUGCUCAAAACUCGUAUGAGUACUUUCAUGUUCUAACUUAUCUGUUAAAUUACGCUAGUCACGAAAGAAUUCCUGUGCCAGAUUUUAAAAUAUUAUUAAAUAAUGAGAUUAAAUGGUUAAAAGAUAUUAGAGAGAAAGUAAAAACUGAUGGUGACUCAGGAGUAGAAGAAGUAAUUCUUGAAGGUCACUUAAAUAUAACCAAAGAGUUAGUUCAAAUGAUUAGCAUAGAAAAGCGUGAGGAAAUUGGUUCCAAUGAAACUGCUGGCAUAAUGUUGAUCAAAGAAUUGCUUGAAGAUUUUAUUUUUCCUGCUUCUAAAUUAAUGGAAGAUUUGACUCAAUCUAUAGAAUUUGUAGAUAUUGAAGUUACACCAGUUUGUAAAUCUCCAAGUUCUACAAAUGCUGCAUUUGAUCUUAUUACAUCUCUCUGCAUUGGUUGUAUAGGAAAUUUAAAAUUGACUGUUGAAAUUCUCACUCAAUACUUUUAUUCAGAACGUGAAGAUCCUUUAAUUGAGUGGGACUUUCUGCCAAUGAUGGGUGCAAGAACUGCUCGUGGUUUUGUUGGUCUUAAAAAUGCUGGUGCUACUUGUUACAUGAAUUCUGUUUUGCAACAGUUGUAUAUGGUACAUCCUAUACGAGUAGGUAUACUAUCAGCACAUGGUGCAGCCAUAGAUAGUAAUGAUGAUUUUAAUGGUGAUGAUAGAAAUGACAAUGAGACUCAAAUGGAUGUUACUGAAGAUCGUAAUAAAUUUGAACAAUCUAGAAAAGAAUAUAAUGUUGGAAUAUUGAAACAAGUACAAGCUAUAUUUGGACACUUGGCGUUUAGUAAAGUCCAAUAUUAUGUACCAAGAGGGUUGUGGAAACAUUUCAAAUUACAAGGUGAACCAGUAAACCUUCGAGAACAACAAGAUGCUGUUGAAUUUUUUAUGAGUCUUGUUGAAAGUCUAGAUGAAGCUCUAAAAGUAUUAUCUCAAGAUCAGAUAAUGAGUAAAAAUCUUGGAGGCUCUUAUUCGGAUCAAAAAAUAUGUCAAGGUUGUCCACAUAGAUAUUCCAAAGAAGAACCAUUUAGUGUCAUCAGUGUAGAUAUAAGAAAUCAUUCAAAUUUGACUGAUUCCCUAGAACAAUAUGUAAAAGGAGAACUAUUAGAAGGAGCUGAUGCUUAUCACUGUGAUAAAUGCAAUAAAAAGGUUGUUACUGUUAAAAGAUUAUGUGUUAAAAAGUUACCACCUAUUUUAGCUAUUCAACUUAAAAGAUUUGAGUACGAUUUUGAAAGAGUAUGUGCCAUAAAAUUUAAUGAUUAUUUUGAAUUUCCUCGACACUUAGACAUGGAACCAUAUACAGUUUCAGGUUUAGCCAAAAUUGAAGGUGAAAUAAUUGAUUGCGAUUAUGAUAAGGCACAAGACGAAAAUCAUACCAAGUACCAAUUGACUGGUAUAGUUGUCCAUAGCGGUCAAGCUAGUGGAGGUCAUUACUAUUCUUACAUUCAAGACAGAAGUCCUGAAGGUUCAUCUAAAUGGUACAAGUUUGAUGAUGGAGAUGUAACUGAGUGUAAAAUGGAUGAAGAUGAAGAGAUGAAAACCCAAUGUUUUGGUGGAGAUUAUAUGGGCGAAGUUUUUGAUCACGCAUUAAAAAGAACUAGUUACCGAAGACAAAAAAGGUGGUGGAAUGCUUAUAUGUUAUUUUACACUAAAAUCGAUUCUAACAAAGAAUUACUAGUCAAUGGAAUGAGAAAGCUUAGUAUGGGUGAUAGACGCACUAGUAACACCAGUAUCAAAAUGCCCUCAUGUAUAAAACGUAGUGUUCAACAACAAAAUAUAAGAUUUUUACAUACUCGCAGUCAAUAUACAGAAGAGUAUUUUAAAUUCAUUCGUAACAUUGCUACAAUUAACUCGCCAAACAUGGUUUCAUCCAAUGAAUUACAAUCAUCUCAAAAUGCUACUGAUCAAGAAGAAUUAUCAUUAUUAUCUACUCAAUUAGUGAGCAAAUUUAUAUUUUAUGUUGGUCUGCAUACUAAGAAAUCUUUGAGAGGAAAUGCAAUGGAGUGGUAUGAUUUAUUAGCACCACAUAUUCGUACCUACGCAUCUGUUCGUGCUUGGUUUGCUAGAAAUAUAUUAUUUAAUUAUCCUCAAAGAUUUGUUGAAUAUUUGUUGCAAUGUAUGAGUUCUGAAGUACGAUCAUUUUUCAUUAAGCUUAUUGCAUACUUAGCUCAUUAUUCAUUACAAGAUGAUGCAAUUCUUAUUCCUGCUAUUACAUCUAAUUCUUUAUUGGACACUACAGCUUCAUUAAGUGAUCACUUAAUUAUUGCUGUAUUGAGUUUGUUACAAAAAGAAGUUGGCGAACACACUAAUAGACAUUUACCACAUUAUUUCUCCUUUUUCUACAUGUAUUGUAAUCUAGGAAUGGCAGAAAAACAACAACUUCUAAAGUUAAAUGUUGCUGCAAUAUUUAUUUUAGUAGCUAUUGAUGAGGGCCCAGGUGGGUCUAAUAUAAAAUAUCAACCUAAUGAAAUCAACAAACUACACUCUGUGAUAUCAAUAUUAGUCCGAUGUUGUGAUUGUACAGAAAAAUGUGUAUCAUCUGCUCCUGGUACUCCUUUCCUACCAAAUCCAUUUGCAGAAUGUCAACCAUACCUAAGAAAAGUUCCUCAGCAAGUUAGAGAUUGUCUAUUUGGUCGAAUUUGUUAUUUGAAAAAACUUAUUGACAAUUCUCAAAUGAAUGAAGAAAGUAUGAAAAUGCUGCAAUUUGUGUGUUGGGAGAAUCCACAGAGUAGUAGUAUGGUUCUGACUGAAAUUUUAUGGCAUAUUAUGUAUACUUACUGUCAAGAACUUAAAUUUUAUUUGGAUUUACUAUUUGUUAUAUUAAGUAUUGAAGAUUCAUGGCAAGUAUUGCGUAUUCAAAAUGCCAUGACUGGAAAUGAAGAUAGAGAAGGUGUACUUGACACAAUAUUGCGUCACAAAAAUCAAUAUCAAAGAAGAUCGUAUCAAUGUAUAAAAGGCUUAGUUGGUUUAUUUAUGAGGAUACCAAUGGCCCACAAAGUUGUUUUACAACACAUUGAUCUCAAAAGAAAAUGGAUGGAUGCUGUUGAUUGGUUACAAGAAGAACUUAAUAGAAAAACACUGACUGGAAGCCAGUACAAUACAUAUAAUAGCUGGACACCCCAGUCUAAUGAAAAUACCAAUAGCUUCUUUUUGGAAAGGUCAACUAGUGCUCGUAAAGUCCUUCAAAAAGCGUACGAAUUUUGUCCAUCUGAGGAUUUUUUGGCUCCUACAACAUUGACAACACAGGGAAUAGAAGACUCUUCUGAUGAUGGUGACGAAGUAGAAAUGCCACAUGCUGCUGAUACAUUGACAACUCUGGUAACUGAACCUUUACAAGUUGUACCAGACAUUGUACCCGAGAAUGAUGAUGAUUAUGAUGCACCCGUUCCUAUUGAAUUCAACAGUGUUGAUGAUUUUGAUAAUGGUGAAAGCAUUAAUGUCGAAUUGGUGAGCACUCAAAUUGUUGAAUCAUCAACAGAUAUGCACUAA